UCGGGGCGGGUCUCUCCGCUAUAGUUCACUUCCUGCUUCUUCUCUUUGCUCUCGCCUGGUCAGCCGCUUCAUUCCUCUGUCCGACGAUAGACACAAUGUCACAUCAAACGGGCAUUCAAGCGGGGAACGACGUGAAGGAAAUCUUUGCCAGUGCCAGGAGCGGAGACCAGUAUCGAGUCUUGAAGAUCGUCAUCGAGGAUGAGCAGCUGACACUGGGCGGCACCAGGAAAGCAUCCAAGAAGUGGGAUCAGGAAUACGAUUCCUUAGUGCUGCCGCUUCUGGAGGAUGCCGUGCCAUGCUAUAUUUUGUACCGUCUGGACUCCACUAACAACCAAGGCUACGAAUGGAUCCUCCUCUCCUGGUCACCAGACCACUCUACUGUGCGACACAAAAUGUUAUAUGCUGCUACCAGGGCGACAUUGAAGAAAGAGUUUGGAGGAGGGCACAUUAAGGACGACAUUUUUGGUACCACAAAGGAGGAUUUGAACUUUAGUGGUUAUAAGAAAUACCUGACCUCACAGGCGGCUCCUUUGCCCCUCACUGCUGCAGAAGAGGAACUGAGACAGAUCAAACUCAAUGAGGUCCAGACGGACAUCAGCGUGGACACCAAGCAGCAGACUCUGCAGGGAGUGGCCUUCCCCAUUCACAAAGAUGCUGCUGACGCACUGGCACAUUUUAAGGAAAAGAGAAUCAACUAUGUGCAACUGGAAAUAGAUGCUGAAAAGGAAAUGAUUCGCUUGUGCAGCACUGAGCCAACCGAGUUGAAAGACCUGCCAAAGAGAGUCCCCAAAGAUUCUCCACGUUACCACUUCUUCCUGUACAAACAUUCCCAUGAAGGCGACUACUUGGAGUCUACAGUCUUCAUUUAUUCUAUGCCAGGGUACAAGUGUAGCAUCCGAGAGAGGAUGCUGUAUUCCAGCUGCAAAAAUAACCUGAUUGACAUGGUGGAAACCAAACUGCAGAUUGAGAUCGAGAAAAAGUUGGAAAUUGAAGACGGGACCGAACUAACAGGCGAGUUCUUGUACGCCGAGGUGCAUCCCAAGCAGCAUGCCUAUAAGGAGCGUUUUGCCAAGCCCAAAGGCCCAGCCGGUAAGAGGGGAGGUCGCCGAAUCACCCGGCCACCCGGCGAGGGAGAGGAGGAGGAUUAAAACGCGCCUCAGUAUCACUCCACCCCACACACCCUAAAUCCCCCACCCCAUACGUGUUCCACAGUGGAACAUCCAUCCCUGUGAUGGGCGACGAAAAAAUUGUAUUUGACGGUUUUUUUUUUUUUGUUGUUGAUGUGUUUGUAUUCUUUUCCCAACAACCUCAAUUUUUUUCCUCACCAUGUUACCCAACUAUGCACGCCAAGGAGAACUGAGCAAUGACACCCUUCAGUCGUUCCAUUUGUAGCUUGCCAAAUGGAAACGCGCAUCUUAACACACUCACAAGAAGCUUAACUAUAACUCAAGGGGGCCCAAAUAAAAGUUGAGGUAUUCUCUUCAAUGUCAGCUCUGACAUUUAAUGAAAAAAAAAACAAAAAAAAAACUUUCAAGCACGACUAAUGUGAACUCGCGCCAAUAUAAAAAUGCUUUUUUUUAAAGAAAAUCUUUUGAGUUCAUAUUCUAAUUCCUAAAUAUCAUUCCUUAAGUCUGUGUCAAGAAUUGUUUUUUGUGUGUGUGUUCGUCUCCUACUGUUUGCACAAUGAGGUGCUCCAAAGCUGAAAAGAUCCGAACUAUUCCCACGUUGUCGACUCCAUUCGUUUCAACAGUGCAUUUUUAUAAAGACAAAAUUCCUUCUUUUUGAUAUAACUGUGGUUUACAUGGGGGAAAAAAAAAAAGAAAUCAUCUGCUGAGAAACUUAUUUUUCUAUGCAAGUGCUGUAAAUGUACAUAUUGUAGCUGUGUGAUGCUCUAUGAUUAAGAAGCGGUCUGUUUUUGGUGAUUGUCGGUGUGGAUUUCAGUGGAAAGACCGGGCUUCCAGAAAUAUUCCAUCUAUCUUAUACAUCUCGCAUUUCACCGAGAGGAAGCGAAUAAAAACCUGGUUCCCACAGAGGAGGGAAUGCCAAGCUAUUAUCGGAUAGAAAAGGGAAUACUACCUUGACGGAAACAUUGCCUCAUCCACUGGUCUACUGAUUAAUAUUUGGCAAACUACUUAGUUCACCUCAUGUGAAGGGGAAAAAAAAUCCCUUUAUAUUCAUUGUCAUUAGAGAAAAUGAAUAAUGUUUGUUCUUCUUUGUUUUCUUACAAAUCUUUCUUUUAAAGAUGAAAAAUAAAAUAUUUAAAUCAGA